AGUUCGCAGGGAAACAAAGAGAGGAAUCGGCGGAAUUCGAUUUGAAGUGAAGUGUUCAUUGUCAAUUAUGACUUCUGGGAGUGCACGACACAACGCGGAUGAAUUGUUGGGCUUGUUUUCGGGCGAUCCGCAUUAUGCAAUGUUGGCCAAUUUCCGGAUUGAUAAAAAGAUAGGCAAAGGCCAGUUUUCCGUGGUCUAUCGAGCUGAACAUGUGGAUGGUAAAGUAGUGGCCUUGAAGAAAGUUCAAAUCUUUGAAAUGAUGGACGCAAAGGCUCGGGAAGACUGCAUGAAGGAGAUAAAGCUGCUCCAAUCGUCAAAUUCCGAGCUGAACAUUGUUUUAGAGUUGGCUGAUGCUGGGGAUUUGAGUCGAAUGAUCAAACAUUUCAAGAAGCACGAACGCCUCAUUCCCGAAAGAACCAUUUGGAAGUAUUUUGUGCAAUUAUGUAGCGCUUUGGACCACAUGCACUCAAAACGCAUCAUGCACCGCGAUAUCAAACCAGCUAAUGUGUUCAUCACGGCUCAGGGAGUGGUGAAACUGGGUGACCUGGGACUGGGUCGGUUCUUCAGUUCGAAAACAACGGCAGCUCACUCCUUGGUCGGUACACCGUACUACAUGAGCCCCGAGAGAAUCCACGAGCAGGGCUACAACUUCAAGAGCGAUAUCUGGUCACUUGGUUGCCUGCUUUAUGAGAUGGCAGCACUGCAGUCCCCGUUUUACGGCGACAGGAUGAAUUUGGUUUCCUUGUGCAAGAAAAUCGUCAAUUGUGAAUAUCCUCCGCUGCCUGCAGAAUACUACUCGGAAGAGCUUCGUAAAUUGGUCGCCUCCUGCAUCGACCCAAAUCCUGAGAAACGACCUGACAUCAAAUACGUCUACGAUGUUGCGAGAGAGAUGCACAGUCGUACCCAGCCUCCAGGUUCUGCAGCUUCAGCUAUGUCAAUUAUGUCACACGGGUCGACGAUGGCAUCGGAUGCUGACGAGAGCAACACCGACAGCCUCCGAAAGCUGAAACUGAAUGACUGACGACGCGCCAGCCCCAGGAGUC